AUGCCCCCCUCCUACAGCCCCUGCCCCCGCCCUUGCCUCAAGCGUUCCUCCCGCCCACCCAACCUCCUCCCCCCUCAAGACGAACAAUCCGCCCUCCUCGCAAUCGACCCCUCCAUCCUCUCCUCCGUCGUACGUUUCCCGCCCCAGACUGCUCUCACCCACACCCUCGGCGAGGCCGUCGUCUACGACCGCACCCCCAUCAAGGUCCAGCCCAACAACUGCGCCCUCCCAGCGCGCGGCUGCCCCGGCCGCACCUACGUCGAAGACCCCAACGCCCCCCGUCCCUCAAAGCGGACCGGUCUGAGCCCCCAGCGGGGCAAGACCCUCCACCCACGCGCCGUCGACAGCCGCGACCGUCGGUACGACGAUGACCCCACCCCUCGCCAGAGCCCCAGGGUGGACUACCACCCCCUUCCCGCUCUCGUCCCCGACCUUUCUUCCGAGUCUUCCGAGGAGAGCGACGGUAUGGCCAGCCCCCCUUCAGAGCAUUACAGUCUCGGUGCCGCAUACAAUGGCCCCAAGUUCUCCCUUGAGCAUUCGCUGAUGUCCCUCACCAUGGCGGGCACCAACGCCCCCUCAACGUCUGCCCUCUCCUUCCUCCCCCACCCUCCUACCCCGAAAAUGCGCUCGCCGCAUUCUCCCGCCGGCUCCCCCUCCCACUCGCCGUCAAAUUCUCAGUGCUAUGCGCCGGGCUACUCAAAUCCGCACUCCACUCGGACCACGUCGCCCGUCCGCUCCCUUUCCCCGCACUCGAGACGCAAGUCCCGUUCCGGACCCUCCGUGCCUGUUCCCAUCGGCGCGGCGUAUCCCUCGACGAGCCCCUCUCACAUGCCGACGUCGCCUUCUGUUGGCCUCCCGGCAAGUCCGGAGCGCGAACGCAGGAGCAGGCAUCGCGACGACCGCGGUCGGGAGAACCGGGAUCGGAGUCGAGAACGAAAGGACCGGGAGCGCGCCGAGAAGCUCAAGAAGUUCAACGAGCGGAGAACCCUAGGUUUCGACGACGCGAGUUGCCUGGGUGGCUUUUAA